AUGAGCUUCGGUACUGUAGCCUCUAAAUUUUUGAGAUAUUUGGAAAUCCCUGUCGAAAAUAGGUCCUCCGUGAAUUUUCUGAAAAACCCUGAUUUGCAACCUAUCAGGUCUGUCAAUCAGACAUGGGGAUUCUGGUCUAAUUUGGCGUAUUGGGCUGCUGUGUCAUUUACAGCGGGCACAUGGAUGAGUGGUUCUGCUGCAUUAACUGUUGGGCUAAGUUAUCCAGAAACGAUUGUUUCAUUUCUUCUCGGUAAUGUCUUGACCAUUUUUUUUACGUUGGCCAACUCUUAUCACGGUUAUGAUUGGAAGAUCGGUUUCACUUUGGCCCAAAGAUUCGUCUUUGGUAUCUACGGUUCUGCAUUCGGUAUCAUCAUCAGAAUUCUGAUGAGUAUUGUCAAUUAUGGUUCCAACGCUUGGUUAGGUGGCCUUUCUAUUAACAUGAUUUUGGAUUCCUGGUCCCACCACUACUUGCACUUACCCAACACUUUGUCUACGAAAGUUCACAUGACGACCAAAGAAUUGAUCGGUUUUAUUAUUUUCCACAUCCUCACUGCAUUCUGUUACUGGAUGAAACCUUACCAUAUGAACUACAUUUUAAUCUGGUCGUGUGUUGCUACUUGCUUCUCCAUGUUGGGCAUAGUAAUUUACCUGACUAAGCAUGCCCAUGGUGUUGGCGAGUUGUUGACCUCCACACAUUCUACCGUUACCGGUUCUACAAAAGCUUGGGCCUGGGUUUACAUGAUCUCUUACUGGUUCGGUUCCAUCUCCCCUGGUUCCACCAACCAAAGUGACUUCUCAAGAUUUGGUUCCUCCAAUUGGGCUAUCUGGACCGGUAGCAUCUGUGCAUUACUAAUUCCAGCAACUUUGGUCCCACUCUUCGGUGUAAUUAGUGCUUCUACAUGUGACAAAUUAUACGGUCAACAAUUUUGGAUGCCUAUGGAUAUCUUUCAUCAUUGGUUGACGACUAACUAUUCUGCAGGCGCUCGUGCAGGCGCUUUCUUCUGUGGUCUUUCCUUUACUAUGUCUCAAAUGUCCUCCACAAUAUCCAACUGUGGGUUUGCCAGUGGUAUGGAUAUGGCCGGUUUAUUGCCCAAGUAUAUCGAUAUCAAGAGAGGUGCUCUUUUCGCAGCUUGUGUUUCCUGGGCUUGUUUGCCAUGGAACUUCUACAAUUCUUCUUCUACUUUCUUGACAGUCAUGAGUUCUUUCGGUGUCGUCAUGACUCCUAUUAUUUCUGUUAUGAUUUGUGAUAACUUCUUAAUCAGAAAGAGACAAUACUCCAUUACCAAUGCCUUCAUUUUAAAGGGGGAAUACUACUUUACCAAGGGUGUGAACUGGAGAGCUAUCAUUGCUUGGGUUUGUGGUAUGGCUCCCGGUCUACCUGGUAUUGCAUGGGAAGUUGAUCAAAAUUAUUUUCACAAUGCUGGUAUUAUUAAUUUCUUUUAUGGUGAUUCCUUCUUUUCAUUUUUGAUUUCCUUUUUCCUCUACUGGGGACUAUGUGUUGUUUUCCCAUUCAAGAUUACUGUCAAACAAGAUGGCAAAGAUUAUUAUGGUGCAUUUACCGAUGAAGAGGCAAGAAAAAAGGGCAUGGUUCCAUACAGUGAAAUAUCAGAAGAAGAAAUACGUGCUUACACUUUGGGCGAUUGUUACACCACUGGUCACGAAUAUGAACCGGAGGGCUCUGAUGACGAACCACCUGAGUUGAACAAAACCAGCUCAGAAAACACAAAAAUAUUUGAAAUCGUUCAUCAAAAAGACAAUGAAAAGCACUCCUUUACCACCAGUGAACAAGUUGCAUAG